AUGUCCAUGUGUCGGGUGGUUUUCGCUUUCGUGUUGCUGAUAAGAUGCUUGAUAAUUUCUUUGGCAAUUCCUAGCAACUUUGCGGAUGAAUCAGCACUGUUGGCCUUCAAAACCCACAUCACCUUUGAUCCCCAUGACAUCUUAGCCAAAAACUGGUCCGCAGCCACCUCUUUUUGCAAUUGGUUUGGAGUCACUUGCAGUGCUCACCACCAAAGAGUCACAGCUUUAAAUCUUGCCAAUUUGGAGCUUGAGGGCAAUAUCCCUCCUCAGGUGGGAAAUCUCUCAUUUCUAAUCUCUAUCAACCUGAGUAACAAUAGCUUUCAUGGCCAUCUGCCACAUGAAUUAGCUCACUUGCGCCGCUUGAAAAACAUUAACUUCGGAUGCAACAACUUCAAUGGAGAGAUCCCUUCGGGUUAUUCAAUGUUGUCAAAGCUUCAAGACCUGCUUCUCAAUAAUAACAGUCUUGUAGGUACUAUCCCAUCAUCUCUCUUUACAAACAUCACAACACUUGAGAUGUUGAUGAUAGAGAGCAAUUUCUUUGAGGGAAGUAUUCCAGAGGAGACUGGUAACCUUUCAAACCUGCAGAUACUAAGCAUGGGAUAUAACGAGUUCUCUGGUGCCAUUACUCCUGUGAUUUUCAACCUUUUUUCUCUGCAGCUCAUUAAUCUCCAAGGAAACCUUUUAUCUGGCAGCCUUCAAGUGGAUAUGUGCAGUCAUCCUUCCAAGCUAGAAGUCCUUAAUCUUGGUUCUAACCGGUUGCAAGGUCAUAUUCCUUCCAAUUUGUACAAAUGCAAGGAGCUAAGAGUUUUGAGUCUGGAAAGAAACAAGUUCACUGGAAACAUAGCCAAAGAAGUUGGCAAUCUCUCCAAGAUUAUGGAGAUAUUUCUUGGUGGAAACAACUUGACAGGUACAAUACCAAAUGAAAUGAGCAGCCUAUACAAUCUAAAAGAAAUUAAUUUAGCAUCUAACAGUAUUACUGGCUCCAUUCCUGCAGCAUUCUUCAAUAUCUCAAAGUUGGAAAGAGUCAACUUUGCUUCUAAUAAACUCUCAGGUAAUCUUCCAUUAAACACAGCCCAUUGGCUUCCAAAUCUUGAGGAGCUUGACCUUCAGCAAAAUGAACUCAGUGGACCUAUCCCAGACUCUAUCACCAAUGCUUCAAAACUUACUGUUCUGGACUUAUCCUACAACUCAUUCUUUGGCUUUGUUCCUGAUUUGCUUGGAAACUUAAGAAGUUUGCUGAAGCUCAAUAUGGCUAAUAACUUCUUGACCAGCAAGUCUUCAUCUACAGAAAUAAGCCUUUUUUCAUCUUUGACGAGUUGUAAGCGUUUGGAGUACUUACGGUUUGAUGGAAACCCAUUAAAUGGUAGUCUUCCAAUUUCGGUUGGGAAUUUAUCUACUUCUCUGCAGUACUUUUAUGUUACUGAUUGCAGAAUUAAGGGCUAUCUUCCGAGAGAGAUUGGGAAUUUAAGCAAUUUGAUAGGCCUAAUCCUACAAAAGAAUGAAUUGACUGGAACUGCUCCUGCUGAAAUUGGAAGACUACAGUAUCUCCAAGAUUUCUCUGUCGCUCACAACCAAUUAGAAGGACACAUCCCAUAUCAGAUAUGUAAUCUGCAGAGAUUGGGCUAUUUAUUUCUUAGAGAAAAUGGGUUUUCUGGAUCAUUGCCUUCAUGCUUAUAUAAUCUUACGUCUAUAAGAGAACUUUACUUGCGCUCUAACAAGUUAACCUCAACAAUUCCUCUGGCCUUGUGGAGGCUAACGGAUUUGUUGAAAGUAAACUUGUCUUUGAAUUUUCUAAGUGGUUCUAUCCGGUCAGAGAUUGGAAAUUUGAAGGCUCCAAUAUAUAUAGAUUUGUCAAGCAAUCAACUAUCAGGUGAUAUCCCAGCCAGCAUUGGGAAUCUAAAAACUUUAGCUAUUCUCUCCUUGUCUGGAAAUAGAUUGCAAGGCAAUAUUCCUCAAUCGCUUGGUGACAUGAUAGGCUUGGAAUUCUUAAACCUAUCAAGUAACAAUCUCUCUGGAGUUAUCCCCAAGUCCUUAGAAAAACUCUUGAAUCUCAAAGUUUUCAACGUGUCUUUUAAUCAAUUACAAGGAGAGAUUCCUAAUGGAGGACAAUUUGCAAACUUCUCACCUCAAUCUUUCAUGGGAAAUGAAGCAUUGUGUGGUUCAGCUCAAAUGCAAGUCCCACCAUGCAGAGGUAGCAACAGUUAUCAGCGAUCCAAGAGAUCAGGAAUCUUUCUAUUCAAAUAUAUAUUUCCCACAACUGCUUUUUCAAUAUUGUUGCUUGCCACUAUUAUCAUCUUCAUAAGACGCUAUAAACAGAAGGCAAAGUCUUCCGUUCAAGGAUAUUUGCUACCUUUGCAAGAAUGGAGAAGAGUUUCAUACCGAGAACUCGAGCUUGCCACAGAUGGAUUUGAAGAAAGCUACUUGCUUGGUAAAGGGAGUUUUGGGUCAGUGUUCAAAGUGACUUUAUCAGAUGGAUUAACAAUUGCAGUAAAGGUUUUCAAUUUGCAAAUCGAAGAUGCAUUCAAGAGUUUUGAAACUGAGUGUGAAUUGCUAGGAAAUCUUCGUCAUCGAAAUCUUGUCAAGAUCAUUACUAGUUGUUGUAACCUUGAUUUUAAGGCCUUGGUACUCGAGUUCAUGCCUAAUUGGAGCUUAGAGAAGUGGUUAUAUUCUCACAACUAUUUUCUGGAUAUCCUUCAGAGGUUAAACAUCAUGAUAGAUGUUGCAUCAGCACUAGAAUAUCUCCAUCAUGGCUACAUUAUGCCUGUGGUCCAUUGUGAUUUAAAGCCCAGCAAUGUCCUUUUAAAUGAAGAUAUGGUUGCACAUGUAGGUGAUUUUGGCAUUGCAAAGCUUCUUGGUGAGGGGGAUUCAAUGACACAAACCAUGACUCUAGCCACUAUCGGCUAUAUGGCACCAGAGUUUGGAUCAAAAGGAAUUGUAUCAGUAAGAUGUGAUGUUUACAGCUAUGGAAUACUGUUGAUGGAGACUUUUACAAGGAAAAAGCCUACAGAUGAAAUGUUUUCCGGGGAAAUGAACUUGAAGAAUUGGGUCAAGCAAUCUUUACCUGAUGCACUCACUCAAGUUGCUGAUGUUCACUUACUAAUUGGCAAUGAAGAACGUUCUGAAGCCAAUAAAGAAUGUAUAACUUCCAUUUUGAAGUUGGCUCUUGAAUGUUCUGCAGAUUCGCCAGAGGAGAGGGUAGGCAUGAAAGAUGUUCUUGCCAACCUUAAAAAGAUCCAAUUGAAGUUGAAAGAUACUGAACAGCGUCAUGGCCUUGUUUGAUCAUUUUAAAACAUCAUACUAGCUUC